CUGUUUUAGCAGUUUCUAUAAGACUGAGCCAUAUAAACACAUGAUCCGUAUGUCCAUUUCAUAAUCCACGUCGACAAACAGUCUUGAUUAUUUAAUUUAUUUUACUUUAUUGUAUUUUGCUCAGUUUGUUAUUACUGAACGCAGGAUGGAAUUCACAAUCCGGGCCGCCACGCUCGAGGACUGUAAGGACAUCUCGCGCAUGAUACUGGAACUGGCAGAGUAUGAGAAAGUUUCUGACCAGGUCAAGAUUGCACAAAGAGAUCUGGAGCAGGACGGAUUCUCUAAAAACCCUUUUUUCCAUGGAAUCAUUGCUGAAGUGCCAGAGCACCUUAAGUCCAAAGAGGAUUCAUGUAUGUAUCUCUUUACAGGUCAUAGCAAGGUUGGUUACUCUCUGUACUUCUACACAUACAGUUCAUGGAAAGGUCGGGCAGUGUACAUGGAGGAUCUGUAUGUGAUGCCAGAGUUCAGAGGGAAAGGCAUUGGCAAGGCUCUGAUGUCCAAAGUUUCCCAGCUUGGUCUGGCUGCCGGUUGCACCCAGCUGAAUUUCACUGUGCUGGACUGGAACAAAUCAUCUCUUGACUUCUACCUAAAGCAGGGCUGCUGGGAUGUGACCUCCGACCUCGGCUAUCACUGCAUGCGCUGUGAGGGCGAUGCCCUUGAACACUUGGCCCUGGGGGGCCUUUAAAUUUUGAAGCACAUAGAUUCCCCUGUCAACCCCCAACCAGAGCCACAAGUAACAAGUAGUUUGAUAAGCACAGGAAGACAGUAAACUGACAGUUAAAUGGGAAAAAAUGGAAUAAGUAAACAUGCUCAUAUCCUAUAUACAUUUUCUGAAAGAAACCCAACUUUAUGAGGCGAUAUAGACGAGCAGUAUUGCUGAGAACAGCAGACAGAAAAUGCCGCUUAAUUAUGUUGCCUCAAAAAGUGCAUUUGAUCAUUCUACAUAAUUAAAUUGUGAAGUCUGGCCUAACCACAGAUUCAGAAGUGGACUGUUGUGUCAUUGUGAAUUGCAUAUACUGUAUAUUGGGCAUAUUAUGACAUAAUCAUUUUUCUACUAGUGGAAAGAGUGGAAGUGAAAUUGUUACAGUUGGUGCUGAUACCAUCAUUCGUAUCUAGAAUUUAGAACUGUUCUGUUUAAAGAGCCAUUUUAUUUUUACAUUUGAAUAUCUGUUUGAACAUCUAGUCGCUCUCGCUCACAAAUCUGUUUUAUCUGAAAUUAUGCACAAGUAAUGUUUUUAAACUAUGCUGUAAUAUAUAAAGAACUGAUUGGUACACAAGAGACCUCCUAGAUUCUGGAAGAUGAAGAUGUGUCUGUAUACACUGUACAUGCACAGAUGCAAGCCACAUUCUUUUCUAGACUAACUUUUGGAAACUGUUACCAGUCAUAAGAGAGAAUAAGCUCACUAAAAGUAGAAAAAUGCACUACAGAUGUUUCUAAGCUAAAUCCUCUAUGCUAUUGGUUAGUGAAACCAUGAUUGGAUUUUGCUUUUCUAAAUUGUUUACUUUGCCUUGUAAAUGAUUUUUGUGUGCAUUUUGCAUUGUGGGUUAUUUGUGUACAAUUUUUAGUAACCAGAUAUUUUAUAUUGUCAAAAGGUCUUUGGCAAAACAAAAAUAUUGUGCUGUUACUGAAUACUUAAUAAAUGUGAACAACAUACAACCCAUAAGUACCUCAAUCUCUAAAUUUAGUUAUUUAGUUAGUAAUUUGUAUUUUUUUUAGUUUUUUUGUAGCACUUCAGAGAAGCUCAGUGUAGCCUCAUUGUGAAGAUGAUGGCAAAAAAGUUUCAUUGUUACAAGCUGCUGUAUCCAAUGUACUGUGACGUCUGUUCUAUUGGCCACUGAUUAAAGCACAUUUGUCCAUGG